AGGACUACUUUGCCUUCUCAGCGAGUGCACAAGUCUGAAGUUCAUGUCUGUCGCUUCAGAGUCUGAAGGAUUUCUUGGACAUCGAAACAACUUUAAACCUUCACGCAGGAAAAGGAAGAGCCAUGGACCCAACUUUGCUGAAGUCCGAGGAGUGGGGAAUAGCGGCCUGAUGUCAGUGAUGCACGACAAGGCCACGGUGAAGAAGGAGAAGCUCUUGGUUGUGGCGGGGUCUGACAAGUGGAAGGUCAAUAACAGCCUGGAUGAGGAGUUUGACCCCAGGGCCGUCGAUCUGAUCCUGAAAGAUGCGAGGCAGAUGGUCGGAGCCGAGCUUCCCUACAAUAUCACCAGGGAGAACUGUGAGCACUUUGUCACAAACCUGAGAUACGGGAAGCCAGAGUCUCGCCAGGUGUGUCAGGCUGUGAAUGUUGCUGGCUUGGUGUUGGGUGGCGGAGCGGCUAUCGCUCUGGUUGCUUAUGGGAUUCACACCCUGGCAAAAGCAUUAGGAGGUGAAAAAAAAGAAGAGGAGAAGAAAUAUUAUUACUGACCUGUACAAUCCAAAAGAGAUGGGAAUGCUUUAUAAACAGUCAUUCAACAGCAAGCCUAAUAGAUGAAUUAUUCAAACUAUACUGCUCUAAUUGAAUUGAUCAAUAACUUCCUGUUUUUUUCUAGGGGUGGAAGGGGUCCAAUAUCAGUUUUAAAAAAUUGAAAUGAAUUUAAACUGCCAU